AUGGGUGGACAACAGCAGUCCAAGCCGAUUGUUGCUUCGGAGCAUGAAAAGGCUCGUAUGAGGGCUAUGCGUGCUCAGGAAGACGAGUACGAAUAUAUCGAGGUCGGAGACGAAAAGGAUGGGCGGCUCGUUACGGAGAGGCAGGCCCAGGGUCUUCCCGUGAGUGUUCUCGAGACUUGGAAGACGAAUGUUCUCAAGGAUCCGAAGAACAGACUGGCGGUGACAGCCAUGAACUCGCUCAACCCAAAGCAAGUCUUCAAGUCCCCGGCGGCGGAGCAGGCGGACCAGCAAAUCUUCAACGUCAGGAUCCCGUUCGAGGGUGCGCCGGUGACGAACCAGCGGUCGAGCGGGCGGUGCUGGCUGUUCGCGUCGACAAACGUGUUCCGGGUGGCGCUGAUGAAGCGGUACCGGCUGGCCGAGUUCGAGCUCUCGCAGGCCUACCUCUUCUACUGGGACAAGAUCGAGAAGGCCAACUGGUUCCUGGAGCAGGUCAUCUCGACGGCGGGCGAGGACCUGGACGGGCGGCUGGUGCAGCACCUUCUGGGGGACACGGUGUCGGACGGCGGCCAGUGGGACAUGGUGUACAACCUGGUGGACAAGUACGGGCUCGUGCCGCAGGCGCUGUACCCGGACAACUGGAGCGCGCAGCACACGGGGACGCUCAACGACGUGGUGGAGACGAAGCUGCGCGAGUUCGCGCUCCGGCUGAGGGCCAUCUGCCGCGACGGCGCCGGCGGCGCCGGGGGGGCGGCGUCGGCGACGGCGGUGUCGUCGGCCAAGGCGGAGAUGAUGCGCGAGAUAUCGGGGGUGGUGACGCUGCUGCUGGGACCUCCACCCAGCCCCGACUCGAGCUUCACGUGGGAGUACGUGGACCGGGACGGCGUGGCGCGGUCGCUGCGGAGCCGGCCCCGCGAGUUCGCGCGCGACAUCGCCAGCGCGGAGCUGCGGAUCGACUCCGCCGUCAUCGAUUCGAUGGUGUCCCUGGUCAACGACCCGCGCCACGACCGGCCCUCGCUCCUGACCGUCGACCGGCUGGGCAACGUGGUGGGCGGGCGGGCGGUGACGUACGCCAACGUCGACAUGGCCACGCUCAAGGCGGCGUGCGUGGCCAUGCUCCGGGCCGGGCUCCCCGUCUUCUUCGGCUGCGACGUUGGGCAGUUCAGCGACAGCUCGUCGGGCGUCAUGGACCUCGACCUGUACGACUACGAGCUCGGGCUGGCGGGCACGGGCAUGCUGAGGAUGAGCAAGGCCCAGCGGCUGCGCACGGGUGCCAGCGCCAUGACGCACGCCAUGGUCCUCACGGCCGUGCAUGUCGACGAGGACACCGGCCAGCCGGUCAGGUGGCGCGUGCAGAACAGCUGGGGCCCCACGCCCGGCGACAAGGGCUUCUUCGUCAUGACGGACGCCUGGAUGGACGAGUUCGUCUACCAGGCCGUCGUGGAUCAGAGGUUCCUCACCCGCGACGUCAGGCAGGUGCUCGGACAGAAGCCUACUGUCCUUCCUGUCUGGGAUCCUAUGGGGUCGUUGGCUUAG